CGCCGCCCGCCUCCAGCCCGCCGGGGAGCCAGGCCGGCGGGCGGCAGCAGCGCCGGGCAGGUGGAUGCGGCUGGAAGAUGGCGCCCUCGGGCCCGGGCCGCGUCCGGCGGCGCUGCCGGCGGGUGCUGUACUGGAUCCCCGUGGUGUUCAUCGGCCUCCUGCUCGGCUGGUCCUACUACGCUUACGCCGUGCAGCUGUGCAUCGUGUCCAUGGAGAACAUUGGAGAACAAGUUGUGUGCCUGAUUGCUUAUCAUCUCCUGUUCGCAAUGUUUGUCUGGUCGUAUUGGAAAACUAUCUUUACAUUACCAAUGAACCCUUCAAAAGAAUUCCACCUCUCUUACGCAGAGAAAGAAUUGCUGGAGAGAGAGCCGCGGGGAGAAGCCCAUCAGGAGAUUCUCCGGCGAGCAGCCAAGGACCUCCCCAUCUACACCAGGACCAUGUCUGGAGCAAUCCGAUACUGUGACAGAUGCCAACUCAUAAAGCCAGACCGCUGCCAUCACUGCUCCGUCUGCGACAAAUGUAUUUUGAAGAUGGACCAUCAUUGCCCAUGGGUGAACAAUUGUGUUGGAUUUUCAAAUUACAAAUUUUUCCUCCUUUUCUUGGCGUAUUCCCUGCUGUACUGCCUUUUUAUUGCUGCUACGGAUUUACAGUAUUUUAUCAAAUUUUGGACAAAUGGUCUACCAGAUACUCAAGCCAAGUUCCAUAUUAUGUUUUUAUUCUUUGCUGCAGCUAUGUUUUCUGUCAGCUUGUCUUCUCUGUUUGGCUAUCAUUGUUGGCUUGUCAGCAAAAAUAAGUCUACAUUAGAGGCUUUUAGAAGUCCUGUAUUUCGACACGGAACAGAUAAGAACGGCUUCAGCUUGGGUUUCAGUAAAAACAUGCGACAAGUUUUUGGUGAUGAGAAGAAGUACUGGUUGCUACCCGUGUUUUCAAGUCUAGGUGAUGGCUGCUCCUUCCCAACUUGCCUUGUGAACCAAGAUCCUGAACAGCCGUCCACUCCUGCAGGACUGAAUCCAGCAUCGAAAAAUCCUGAAAACCAUCAGUUUCCUGCAAAGCCAUUGAGAGACUCCCAGAGCCACCUCCUUACUGAUUCUCAGUCUUGGACAGAGAGCAGCACAAACGCGGGCAAAGACAAAGCUGGGUUGAGCAAUCCUGCAUUGACCAUGGAGAAUGAGACUUAACUCUUCAAACAAAACGAAUUCCUAUUUUAUGAAAGUAUCAGUGCUGCAGAUGGAGGAAGAGGCUCCCCACAGGAGGGCGCCGUUGACCAGUCCUUCCAUGUCCCUGUGGCUGGAUGUGCAGAAGAUGCAUUGAUUCGUUCUCUCCAAGCUCUUGCUUAAAACAUCACCUUUUUCAAACCAGGAUACAGAUUGUCUCAACUUAACACAAAUUUCUGUGAAAUAUUAAAAAUAAUUGUGUCUUAUGGAUCAAGGGCAAAAAUACCUUCGAUCAUAAAAACUUGAAGUAAACUCAUGGGCCAGUUUUCACCCAAAUAAUUCGGUAGCACAAUUAAAACACAGUUUUCAUCCAGAAAAUUAAGAUGAAGAAACUGAA